GGGCCGGCCGAGGCUCAUUGCUUUGGCGCCGACUGGGGAGCACGAGCCUGCGGGGGGCGUGCAGCGCACGGUGGCGGCUCCUUUCGGAGCGCAGCCGACCCGCUGACCCGGGCUCCGUUUCCCUGUCCAGCGUGGCCCCGCGGCCGGCUGGAGGCCGAAACAGUAGCGGCAUUAGCAGCGGCAGCGGCUGCUCCGCCGCCGCCGCCGCCGCCUCCGCGGGAGCAUGGAGUGCGCCCUGGACGCCCAGAGCCUGAUCAGCAUCUCCCUGCGCAAGAUCCACAGCUCCCGGACCCAGCGCGGCGGCAUCAAGCUGCACAAGAACCUCCUGGUGUCCUACGUGCUCCGCAACGCGCGCCAGCUCUACCUGAGCGAGCGCUACGCCGAGCUCUGUCGGCGCCAGCAGCAGCCGCCCCACCAGCACCAGCACCCGGCGUACGCAGCGCCCGGCAUGCCGACCAGCGCGGCCGAUUUCGGGCCGCUCCAACUCGGCGGCGGCGACGCGGAGGCGCGCGAGCCGGCCGCCCGGCACCAGCUGCACCAGCUCCACCAGCUGCACCUCCAGCAGCAGCUGCACCCGCACCCGGCGCCCAGGGGCUGCGCGGCGGCGGCCGGGGCGCUCGCGGAGCUGCCCGGGGGCGCCUCGCUCCAGCCGCCUCACGGCGCACCCCACCGCGGGCAGCCCUUGGAGCCGCUGCAGCCGGGUCCUGCGCCGAUGCCGCCCGCGCCCGCCGCGCUCUGCCCGCGGGACCCUCGCGCCUCCGCUGCCUGCUCCGCGCCCUCCUCGCCCCCAGGGGCCGCCCCCCAGGCCGCAGCCGCCGCCUCCCCGCCCGCCUCCCCGGCCCCCGCCUCCUCCUCCGGCUUCUACCGGGGCGCGUACCCGGCCCCCUCGGACUUCGGCGUGCACUGCAGCAGCCAGACCACCGUGCUGGACCUGGACACUCACGUGGUGACCACGGUGGAGAACGGCUACUUGCACCAGGACUGCUGCGCCGCCGCCCACUGCCCCUGCUGUGGCCAGGGAGCCCCGGGACCCGGCCUGGCAUCCGCGGCCGGUUGCAAGCGCAAGUAUUACCCCGGCCAGGAGGAGGAAGACGACGAGGACGAGGACGCGGGCGACUUGGGCGCGGAGCCCCCCGGGGGCGCCCCGUUCGCGCCCUGCAAGCGCGCCCGCUUCGAGGACUUCUGCCCCGACCCGUCCCCGGACGCGUCCAACAUCUCAAACUUGAUCUCCAUCUUUGGCUCGGGCUUCUCCGGGCUGGUGAGCCGACAGCCGGACUCCUCGGAGCAACCGCCGCCGCUCAACGGGCAGCUGUGCGCCAAGCAGGCGCUCGCCAGCCUCGGCGCCUGGACUCGAGCCAUUGUCGCCUUCUAGGGACCCCCCGAGGGCACGGGGCCCCGGGGCCCCGCGGGGCUGGGGCCAGACAAAGACUCGGCCAAGGGGCGAGAGGAGGGAGCAAACAGGCGCCCGGCCACUCGGGUCUGAGCUGGGAACCAGCAGGGGAAGGCGGCUGAUGUUUUAUAAAUUGUAAAAUAAUAAUAAAAAAAGAAAUCUAAGA